AUGCCUGUUCCCACGUCGAACCCAGCCGCAACUCCUACAGUCACCCCAGCUCGGACCAGAACUGAUACGGAUGUCGUCGUUCUUCAACAAAGAGGGACGGAGGCGACGACUGAUUAUGACCCGCAUAUCACGAUUCAUGUGCGCGAGGCCUCGAUCAAGCCCUUCAGCCUAACACUGCAUCUGCCUUCGAAUACCUGCACGCCUACCAUCACUCCUGAUGGCAACGGUUACAUUCCUCCCAGCGAGUGCAACGCUCUCUACCAGUACUAUCCUUCUUUCAGAGCUGCACUAGCCUUUUCCAUUCUUUUUGGUAUCCUCAUGAUCACGCAUCUUGUCCAAGCCACCAUUUUCAAGGAAGCGGUUCGUGACACGGGCGAUAAGUACGCGAGAUCAGCAGAGCAGCCGAGUGGUCUUGCCACAGUCACACAAUUAUGCAUCCUCCUGUCUCCAUUGUGGGUCAAUGCAUUUGACUAUAUGAUCCUCCUCGGAUGA